AUGGCGCAAGUUGGGCGAGAAGAAACCCCAACGGCAACGACGCACGGAGUCGGCGGUGGAGGUGGACGGAGUGAUUCACUCGCAUCGGAGAGCGCGCCGUCCAACACGAAUGCGAACUCGCAUCCGACAAACGCCAAAUGGGGAAAUGCCUGUUCCCAGUGUGCGGCGGCAAAGGCAAAGUGUUCGCGACAGUCUGAUGCUCCUCGGACCAAGUGUCAAAGAAAGACGGCUCAGCUGGAACAACGGCUCAAUGGAUUGGUCGAUCUCCUCAAGGCAACUGGGGAUUUGCGAGGCAUCCCCAUCGCGGAUAGUGUUGCCUCUCACGAGGUGAUGUCGACCUAUGAAAGUGUUUCAUGCAUAGCCCGAGAUCACGACCUUGAUAUUGCCGUAGGCGCUCCUCAGGCAUCCGGCUCUGGAAAGAGGCGAGCAAGUCUCACGCCCUUGGAAGACGACCAUCAUGGCACCACCGAGGGUGGCUAUUCCGACAAUGAAAGCCACAGUGGCAGCUUAGAAUUGCUGGGCGAAAGACCUAUCCAUGUGCCCAAUCAUUACAACUCUUGCGCCCCUUCCGGUUGUAUGGGCAGAGCACAGGGCGAGUCUCGUGGUCCGUCAGAGUCAGACGAGACCAUCCUCACCAUCUACCAAACCCAUCUCAGUCCGCUCUUUCCGUUCGUCAUUAUUCCCGUUGGUACGACAGUCCAAGAACUCGAACAAUCCCGUCCGUUUCUCUUCUCGGCCAUUCGAAUGGUGACGACGCUCACAAGUAUGCGGUCGAUGCGAGCUCAGAUGUAUCGGCUGGUCCGACAUGUCUCUGAACGCAUGCUCUUGCGGUCAGAGAGGUCACUGGAUCUGCUACAAGGCAUCCUCGUCAUGAUCGGCUGGUAUCAGUACCACUGUCUGAUGCAUGCCCAGUUGAACAACCUCAUACACCUGGCCGCGAGUCUUGUUUCCGACCUGGGACUGAACCGGGAUCCAAAGGUGCAGGAGAGGGUAAGCGUCAUGGUACUGUACCCCGACGAGCCAAAACCACGGACGAAUGAGGAACGGAGGGCGCUUUUGGGCUUAUGGUAUAUCGCUUCAACUAUAUCCGUGGCGUUUGGAAAACUCGAGUCCAUCAGGUACUCGCCAUACAUUCAGCAGUGUCUAAAUGAGCUACAAGAAUCGAAGGAGUAUGAAACAGACGGGAUACUGGUCCACAUGGUUCAGUUACAGCGCCUGAUGGAGAAGAUCGCCCAAGUGAACUCCAAAACCGAGCUUACGGAAUCCAUUGGAGGGAUUGCUAGGGCUCCAGAUGCGGCUUACAUGUCGACGUUUCAGAGUGAGCUUGACAAGAUAUGUGGUUCAUUCAACAAGGGCCAAGAGAACAAUAAAUACCUCAUGGUGUACGUACACUCGGCCAAGAUGCGUCUUUGCGAACCUCCAAUUAUCGAUGCAUCAUUGCUGGCCAAGUUCUACAAAGACCUUACUGCGCUUGACGACAACACCCCGUCGGCUCUUGAUGUCUUUUACCGGGUAAGCAGUGGAGUGCGAGAGUGGUUCGAUCAUUGGUUUACCGUACCCGUAUCGGCAUACUUUUACCUGCCGGUGUCCAUCAUCUGUCAGAUCGUUUACGCCGUAACGAUGCUUGCUCGAUGGUCCAAAAUCGUCUCCCCCAUCAAACCCUUAGCAUCAUCACAACCCAGGCACACCAUCUCGACGCCAGCCCAUCCUCAGCAACCCACUACCACAACAUCAUAUACUUCAACAUAUAUCUCAACACCUGCCUCCGUACUUACGCCCUCUCCACACUACAGUCGACCAUACGGCUACGGCGCCGGCCCACCACCGGACUUCUCACAACGACCACCCGCCACAUCCUCAACCAUCAGCACCCCCGCGCCCGCCACUCCCGGUCCCGGCCUCGGAACCCCAUCCCCCUCCAUCAUCUCCCGGGACAUCUCCGGCUUUGUCGGCUCCCGCGCCACCUCGACGGAGCCCACGACGACCACCACUCCUAAUAAUACUACCACCGCCGCUGCCGAGCACCCAACCGCCCCCAGCCCUGAUAACAACAAUAACAACCAAACCAACAAUCUGAACAACCCCCUCUCCUCCUCCAUCCGCUGGCGCGAAACCACCGACCCCCACCUUCCCCACAUCGUCGCUAUGCUCCAAGAACAGCUCAACUCCCAGCCCGGCCUGCGCGUCGACAUCACCGAAAUCAUGACCCAGCUCGGCGCCCGCUUCCAGCAGGCCAGCGACGACAUGAAGGAGGCGAGCGGCGGCGAGCCGGAUAACAACAUGUGGGAGGUCAGUGCUAAGGGGUUGGCUAUGACUAAGGCCAGGUUGGAGCGGUUUGCCGAGUUUGUGGCUCAGGGGGGCAAGCUUGAUGAUCAUCAUGAUCAGGGGAAGGGCGAAGGGGAUGACGCGGCUUGUUUGAGACCGGGAUGUGGUGGAGAUGGGGGGAGGGGGAGGAGGGUAUCGAGCACUUUUCCUAAUCAGGAAGAAAAAGGAGGAGAAGGAGGAGGAGGAGGAGCGGGAGGUGGAGGUGGAGGUGGUGGAGGGGUUGAAGCUAUGCCUAGGCGUAGUACCUCGGCAUCUGGCUCUGGUUCUGGAACCGGAGGAGAGAGACAUUCCCAGGCCACCACUUCGGCACGAGUCAGGGAAGCAGCAAGAGAAGAAGGAGGAGGAGGAGGAAGAGGGGGGGCCGUAGUAGUAAGCGGCAAUGUCACUGCUACCUCUACACGGCAGUCACAGUCACAAUGGCUGACCGGUCAAAGCCAAAACCUGCAAGGACAAAGCAUGGGGAAACCACAUCAUGCGCCAAUACCGCAGCAGCAAUACCAACAUCAACAACAUCCACCUCCUCCUCCUCUUCAUGGGUCCUAUUCGAAUACAACAGCCAUGAGUGGUGUGAAUACUCACCACAGCCUAGCAGGCGCCGGGGCCCAUGGCGGGGAUACCGGGUUCUCCUCCGCCGCCGCCGUGACGGGGACGACAGGAGGGGGGGCAGCAGGAGGGGUAGGAGGAGGAGGAGGGCAAUGCAACAAUCUACUUGCCACAGAAUUCAUGGAUCAACUGGCCCCUUGGCUUUGGUACUAUGGCGUUGAAGACUGGCCUGGAACUUAG